AUGCCUCCCAGAAAUCGGAAGGUCCCAUACGUCUAUAAUAGUGGUAAUCCCGAAGCUACGAAGGCUGCAAAUCGGACAGAGCUACCACAAACACAAGCUCAACCACCUCCACCACCACCACCUCAACCACAAGCUUCUAGAAAUGAAAUGGCAGGGCUUAAUGUUUCUAUUCAUCCUAUGUGGCCAACGUACAUGCAAUUCAGUCAGGGGGAACUGUUUUUCGAAUGUACUCUAUUCCUCUACUCAGUAUUAGCUUUGUUUCUACAGUAUUUGAAUAUUUACAAAACUUUGUGGUGGUUGCCAAAAUCUUAUUGGCAUUAUUCAAUGAAAUUCCAUCUUAUCAACCCUUACUUCCUAUCAUGUGUAGGAUUACUGUUGGGCUGGAGAGUCACGAAGUGUUUUUGGAAAACAAUUACUGAUACUGUGGCUAGCAUAGCUAUAACUAGGUCUCCGUUCCAGAAAUCCGUAUGGACCAUAAUCGAAUAUGCAUUUAUUAAAACUCCUUUGAUGACAUUGAUUGUCACUAGCUUUCUGUUUAGUUUUUCACGAGUUUGCCAAGACUAUCCUUUUAGUUCUGUGAUAUGGAUAUUCUGUCCAAGUUUCAUUUAUAUUUUCAUGUUCCAAUCUUCCAUUGAGAAAAGAAUUUCUUCAGUAUAUAGAGCUGUGAAUGAAUGGAUUGGAGGUAAAAUUGAUUUCAAUAAGGUACUAGAGAAGUUCAGUGAUCCUCAUCCUGAUGAAGUGAACAUAAAUGCCGUUCUCCACAUGUGCUGUUUGAAUCCAGAAAACAUUAGAGAAGAAGCCGAUAUUCUAUUAAAAGAUCUUUGCUUACGCCUUGCUAGAAGUGCUUUUGCUGGAUUCUCAACAGCAUUCCUAUCCAUUGCAUUACCUUGUCUUUUUGUUCCAUAUAAAACUUCAACUGGGUUCCCUCUCAAAGUAUUGCUGGACGAAACUUGGGAAUAUGAGCUUGGGCUUGUUGUUGGGUUAACGGCUUUCUCAUUAUAUGCUACCUAUCUCCUUCCUUUAAAUUAUUUGGAUCUCUUGCACAGAUGUGCUGUCCAUCUUGGGAUUUGGAAGGAGAUCGAAGGACCAAAAGUGGGUCACACAGGAACACACACUUAUUGGACCGUUCCAGCUCCGUGGGUCAACGCUAUAAUGUAUAGUGAUACGAAUACAAUUAAACGGUAUGAUGGGAGAUUCUUCCAAGCUCAAGCUCACGAGCCUUACAUCGGAGUGGCAGCCGACCCAUCUCGCAUAGAUCAUUUAUGGUUUUACCUAUUCUGUGGACAACCAUGCUCUCUAAUCAACUUUAUGUGUAUAUUCGAAGGCUCUCUGAUUGUGAUCCAAUUCUGGAUGUUAUUGUUAACAACAGAUUGGCAGCAGAUUGUGACACUGGUAUUGCUCAUGUUUGCCAACUAUUUAUUACUUGCCAAGUUAUUUAAAGACAAAGUUAUUCUUGCCCGCAUCUACGAGCCAUCUCGUGAAGAUUUGGUUCUAACGGAAGAGUUGCGCUUAGCAAGUGCAGCUAAAGCUGCUGCACGAAACAAAGAUCAAUGA